AUGCAGACUGCUCCUACAAACAUUCAUGAAAGACUGUGCAAUAAGUCCAUCCGUGACAUUUCCUGGCUACUAAAUAUUCUACGGUCAACUGUCAGUGGUUUUAUAACAAAGUGGAAGCAACUGGGAACAACAGCAACUCAGCCACAAAGUGGUAAGCUACGUAAAAUGACAGAGCGGGGUCAGCGCAUGGACUGUGAGUAGAAGUUGCCAACUGUCUGCAGAGUCAACAGCUAAUGACCUCCAAACUUCAUGUGGCCUUCAGAUUAGUACAACAACAGUGCGUAGAGAGCUUCAUGGAAUGGGUUUCCAUGGCUGAGCAGCUGCAUCCAAG